UCUAUUUUUAUUCUGUCUGUUAAGCUACAGUAUGUGAGAAAGACUGUACGGGAAAGGAAGAAGACGUUGUAGACGCCAGGGAUCGAUUAAAAGACAGGGUGCGUAUCUUUCAGCCAUGAAAAAAUGAUGGUUCUUAUUGCAGGUGUUGUCAGGUGGCACAGACUUUGAAGACCGACACCGUCCACAAAACCCAGACUAUUCCACUUCAUUUGGAAACAUUUCUGUUACGGUGACCGUUUAUUUGAUCUGAUACAGGAUGUCUGGACAGAGCAUUACAGACAGAAUAACCGCCGCACAGCACAGUGUCACCGGGUCGGCGAUUUCCAAAACUGUGUGCAAGGCGACCACGCAUGAAAUAAUGGGACCAAAAAAGAAACAUUUGGAUUACUUGAUUCAGUGUACAAAUGAGAUGAAUGUGAACAUCCCUCAGCUGGCUGACACCCUGUUUGAGAGGACCACCAACACCAGCUGGGUGGUCGUCUUCAAAUCCCUCACCGCCACACACCAUCUGAUGGUCUACGGCAAUGAGAGAUUUAUACAGUAUCUGGCUUCAAGGAACACACUAUUCAACCUCAGCAAUUUUUUGGACAAAAGUGGCCUACAAGGUUAUGAUAUGUCAACGUUCAUAAGGAGGUAUAGCCGCUACCUGAAUGAGAAGGCUGUCUCCUACAGACAAGUUGCUUUUGACUUCACUAAAGUAAAAAGAGGGUCUGAUGGAUUGAUGAGAACCAUGAACACAGAGAAACUCCUCAAGACCAUCCCUAUCAUCCAAAGUCAGAUGGAUGUGUUACUUGAUUUCAAUGUCAAUGCCAAUGAACUGACAAAUGGUGUGAUCAAUGCGGCCUUUAUGCUUCUGUUCAAAGAUGCGAUCCGACUGUUUGCAGCCUACAAUGAGGGCAUCAUCAACCUCCUGGAGAAAUACUUUGACAUGAAGAAAGUCCAGUGCAAAGAUGGACUUGACAUCUACAAGAAAUUCCUCACACGAAUGACGAGAAUCUCAGAGUUCCUCAAAGUUGCAGAGCAAGUUGGGAUUGAUCGAGGGGACAUUCCCGACCUGUCCCAGGCCCCCAGCAGCCUGCUGGAUGCUCUGGAACAGCACUUGGCCUCUUUAGAGGGGAAGAAAGUCAAAGACUCAACAGCAGCCAGCAGGGCUAGCACCCUCUCCAAUGCUGUGUCCUCUCUGGCCAACACUGGCAUAUCUUUCACCAAAGUGGACGAGAGGGAAAAACAGGCAGCCCUGGAGGAAGAGCAGGCUCGCCUAAAAGCACUAAAAGAGCAGCGACUGAAAGAGCUCCAGAAGAAUCCAACCACAGACUCCUCCCCUGUCUCCACAGUGGGCGGGACAAUCAGUUCAGCUCCUGCCAUCGACCUCUUCUCCACCCCCAGCUCCACCAACAGCACAUCCAAGGCAGCCAAUGACCUUCUGGACCUGCAGCCAGCUUUCCAGCAGCCGCUGCCUCUCUCCACCACCAGCACAUGGGGAGAUCCUUUCACCUAUGCUGCAGAAGCUGUGGAGGAAUCAAUUCCAAAAUCAAAUCCUUUCCUCACACUACCUGUUGUUGAUGCUCUCCACCCAUCUACAGCGUCCCCUGACGCUGGCAGUCUGUCCUCUAGGACACCUAGCCAUGAAGUGUUCGAUCAUUACACUCCCUUUUUUGACUCAGGCUCUGGCCUUGCAGCUGAUCUUGAUACUGCUGCACAGAUAAAGUCAUUUAUCACAGACUCCUUCAGUGGGCCAAACCCUUACACCACCCUCUUCCAAUCUGAGCCCCCUGCUGUAGCUGGUCUAUUCAGAGGGUUUACAGCCUCCCCAACACCACAUCAGCCACAGAACUCUCGAGGCCUUAAUGUCGACUUUGACUCAGUAUUUGGCAACAACGCCAAUGCCAAUAACCUGGAUUCUACAGAUGUUUUAGGUGGCAUCCUCAAACCCACAGUCACAUCCUCACCCAAUCAGGGUAUGACCCAGAACGGCCAACAGCCCAACAAACUUGUCUCCAAUGACCUGGACUCCUCACUGGCCAAUCUUGUCGGCAAUCUGGGAAUUGGCAACGGCACAGCAAAGAAUGAUCUUCACUGGAGUCAGCCUGGUGAGAAGAAGCUGACGGGUGGAACCAACUGGCAACCCAAGACUGCUCCUUCUACCACCUGGAACCCUGCAACCAUGGCUCCAUCUGUCAUGGCCUUCCCUGCAACCACACCGACAGGCAUGAUGGCAUAUGCAAUGCCUCCCCACAUGGGCUCCAUGAUGAUGACACAGCCCACUAUGAUGUACACCCAGCCUGUGAUGAGGCCAGCCAACCCCUUCGGUCCAAAUCCAGGCCCGCAGUCACCCACAACUUCUAGUCCCUCCAGUCUCAGCCCCCUCAGAGUGCCAGGGAAGGACCCCCUUGCACAACUCUUUCUGCAGAAUUUCUUAUAGAGCAUCCUUAGAUGCAGUUUAUGUAACCUGAAGGGAGUAGUCUUUCCCACCUGAAGAUGAUUCACAACAAAGUCAACUUUCCAAGCAAACCUGCAGUUUGCUUCUAAUGAACUCACCUCUCUGAGAACGAGGCCCAGAUAAGACGUUGAAUAAAAUCACGGUGACUUGGAGCAGCUCUGGCCAUCAGAGAGGCAUCACAGUGGAAAUUGUGCCCAUCUAGUCAUGUCUAAGUCUCAGCAGGAGAAGAAGAGUGCGUGCUGCCAUUCAAAUCAUGUGGACAGGGAUCUGCCCCUACUGUAUCCUGAACUAAGAGAAACACGACACCCAAAGGGAGACAUCACUGUUUCUGUACAUGGAAAAAAAAAGUUGGAUUGUUUUCACACAUGCACACUGUUUUGAGUUGUCUUUUUCUGUUUUCAUUCCCCUUUGUCCAGGUGAGGCUGGGAGAGUCACCACUCUUGAUUAUCAGUCACAAUUAUCUUCUUAAAGCAUCCUCAAAUUAGGAAAACAAUCGCAAAUUCCUGUUUAUACCACACAUUUUUGUCUUUCUUUUAUGUAUUGUUUGCAGUAGACAUUCCUUGUGAAUUGUUUGUAUUUAUUUAUGAUCACCUAUAUAGAGGAUGACAUUAAACAAAAUGUACAGGACUUCCUCCACAUGGAGGAAGUCACUGACCUCCUCCAUGUGGAUGAAGGUCUUAAGGCUUAUACAUAGGUAUGAUUGAUGUAGAAUUGGAUUUUGAGUGAUUGAGAUGAUUAGAAAAAGAAUAAGAAGUUAAUAUAAACUUUAAAGAGAUGACACGUUUUGCUGCUGGGGCACGAAAUAUUCUCUGUACUCGCAUGAUGCCUUGUACAGUUAUCUGUGGCUCAAGGGGGUCACACUGAGGAUGUAUAUCAAAGGAAUAAUUCAUUAAUAUCAUCUGCAAAUGUGUGGGGUCGAUUUCUAUGAAUUUGGUGAGGAAAUAUUUUCACAUCAGCAAGAGCACUACAUUUUUUGAUCGAGGCAGCAUCGCAUUGGAAAGGAAUCACCGUUUAUGCUUUUGAUGCUUUUGGCAUGCCAUUUACUCUUACAUUUAACAAAGCUCCUGGCUGCCCUUUUUCAACCUGAAUGUGCAGGGUCCCUUUCAUGCUUAGAUCAUGUUUCCAUUGGUAAGCACUGGGAUGUUUAGGACAGUGUACGGGCAUGAGGAGGCAUCGUGUGGGGGUUUGAGUCAGGGGUGGGGGUGGGACCAGUGAGGUCCAGUUGUGCAGGAGAAUAGAGCACUGUUGAUCGGUGCUUUGUGUAUAUAAAACUGAUCCUGCCAAUCACAGGAAUGGGCGGGUCUGGUAUGAAAGAUGGCUUGAACAUGAAAGUGGCCCUUAAUCCAUUAACUGAGCAUAUUUGUUGCAUUGUCCCUGCAGAUUAUUUUUCUGUUUGAUUUUUUUCCAAUAAAGUGCAAGCUUCCACA